AUGGCCUACAUCGAACCAAAACUGGAGAACCGUGUCGUAUCUCCGCGCACUUUUGCCCAACAACACAUGAGGUCGCAAAAUACCUUUCGAGGCUGUUCAAAGAUAGCUGAUUAUGAGCAACAAGGUAAACUUGGGGAGGGAACAUUUGGCGAGGUUCACCGAGCAAGAUCCAAGAAGACGGGAGCUAUCGUUGCACUCAAGAAGAUACUGAUGCAUCACGAGAAAGACGGGUUUCCAAUUACUGCACUCCGCGAGAUAAAGCUCUUGAAGCUCUUAUCUCAUCCCAACGUACUGCGGCUCGAGGAAAUGGCCGUUGAGCAUCAUCUGCGGACUGGUGAUAAAAAAAAGCGUGCUAUAAUGUACAUGGUAACUCCAUACAUGGACCAUGACCUUGCUGGUCUUCUUGAAAAUCCUAACAUAAUUUUUACUGAACCUCAAAUAAAAUGCUACUUACUUCAGCUGCUAGAAGGACUUAGAUACCUACAUGAUAACCACAUACUUCAUCGAGAUAUGAAAGCAGCGAACUUACUCAUUAACAACAAAGGAAUAUUGCAAAUUGCCGACUUUGGACUUGCGCGACAUUACGAUGAAGCAGUCCCUGUUCCUGGAGGUGGAGGUGGAGAGGCUCGCAGGGAUUACACUGUGUUAGUUGUCACUCGAUGGUAUCGACCUCCAGAACUGCUACUUCAAUUACGCAAAUAUACUUCGGCGAUUGACCUAUGGGGAGUAGGCUGCGUCUUUGGUGAAAUGCUAUUAGGGAAACCUAUUCUUGCUGGUGAUAGCGAUUCCAAUCAACUUAAGAUUAUAUUCGAUUUAGUCGGCACACCCACGGAUGAAACUAUGCCUAACUGGAAAUCUCUGCCGGGCGCUGAAAUAUACAAGGUAUCUAGUCUACCCCAGAAUCCAGGUUCCUUGUCACAGAAAUUCAGAGCCUAUGGCUCAGGUGCUAUCUCGCUUUUGAAGGAGCUUUUGAAGCUUGAUUGGCGGAAGCGUAUUAAUGCCAUUGAUGCUCUCAAGCACCCAUAUUUUCGAAAUAGCCCACUCCCUGCAAAGCCAGAGGACCUUCCUUUUUUUGAAGAGUCUCAUGAAUUUGACCGUCGGAAAUUUAGGAGCCAACAAGCUGCUUUGCCUCCUGCCCCUAAGGGGGGAACCGUAGGCAUGGGCCAAUUGGGUGCAUGGGAAGGUGUACCAGCAGGAAGUAGCUCUAUAGCUAACUCUGAAGGUUAUAACGCUUUUCGUCAAGCGAAUACAGCUCGAUACCCCCAUCAUAACAACCAUAGGGGUGGCAUCCAACAUGGUGGAGGAGAUGACCGAAGGCCAGCGUGGUCUCGUACUCAUGAUCGCCAGGACAGCAGACUUCCGCCCAGACCUCCACCAGCGGACUACAGCAAUAUACAUGAUAAUAGUCGAAGUGGGGAUAGAUCGGAUGGAUACCGUCCCCAGUCUCGAGACUGCGAAAGAAUUCCGCCUCGGGGUCGUGGUGCCCCAAUCGUCGACACCUAUAUUCCAAGCUAUGGUUCAGAUAGUAUGCGGCAUGAUGAACGAAGAUCUCGGGAUCGAGACGAGAGAAUAGGAGGUGAGCGUUCACGUGACCGUAGGCGAGAUGAACGCGAUGAUAGGCGCCUAGAUCGAGAGAGAGCGUUAGAACAUGGCGAACGUGGCCGAAUUGUAAGGGCAAGAAGCCGAAGUCGAAGUCGAACUCCAGCUAGGGAUUACGAUAGAGAUAGAAUACGAAGGAGAGAAACAGCUUCUACUGAUCGAAAGGAACGUGAGAAAGACAUAUAUCGUCGAUAA